AGAAAGAGGCGGAAGUUGGCAGCGACACGUCAAAGGGACCGCGGACAAAGCGCAAAGACGGCAGUCGAGUCGAGUUGGGGGGGGGAAAAGGUUCAAAAUGUUGAGAGUGUUGGUAAGGGAGCGACUAAUUGCCGCAGCUGAUGAAAUAAUCGGGCUUUUUGAAAGAACGAUGGCUUCGUACGAGGAGGAACUUUCUCGAACAAAAGAGGAGAACGAGCGACAGCGACAACAACUGGAAGCGGUGUAUACGAGUCGACUGCGCGUCAAAGAUGUCCAGCAGCUGAUUGGUCAAGAGGAAUGUCCCCCACGGUCGCAGAGAGAGAGCUCCGCUAUGGAGCGGGAGGAUCCCCAGCCCCCCCACGUUAAAGAGGAAGAGGAGGAACUGUGGACCACUCAGGAGGGAGAGUGUCUUUUCAGGCCAGAGGAGGCCGAUCUUACCGUCGUCUCCGUGAAGACUGAGGACGCUGAUGAAGACGAACCACAGUACGACCUCUUGGCUCCACUAUCGGACAGCGACGACACAACGCCGCGCUCUCCUGAGGCCGAAGACGGGAACGACGCCCGAGAACCCGUGAUCAGCGAGGCAAACUGUGCAGGCGAUGUGAGGACUCACACUGACGACAAACAGUCUCAACUAUCCGAAAAGAAGACAACUCUUGGCAACGGCAACCAAACACAAACGAGAUGUCGAACGGCUAAAAAAAGCUUCAGUCGCUCCGUCUGGGGUAAAAGAUUCUCUCACCAUUCCGCUUUGGUGUUACACACGACACCGCACACUGAAGGAAAAUCUUACAUUUGCUCCGUUUGUGGUGACGCCUUUUCUCGUAAGAGCAAUUUCACUCUGCAUAUGAGAACACACACUGGGGAAAAACCUUUUACUUGCUCGGUUUGCGGUAAAAGAUUCUCUCAAAAGUCCAACAUGGUGUCACACAUGAGGAUACACACCGGAGAAAAGCCGUUUACUUGCUCGCUUUGCGGCAAAGGUUUCUGUCAAAAGACAAACAUGCUGUCACACAUGAGAACCCACACGGGAGAAAGACCUUUUAUUUGCUCGAUUUGUGGCGAAACGUUUGUUCAGAAGGUGUCUUUGAUUGCCCACGAAAGAACACACACGGGCGAAAAAGCCUUUGAUUGUUCAGUUUGCGGUAAAAGCUAUUCCUAUAAGAAAACUUUGGCAGCACACAUGCGGACACACGCUGGGGAAUAAGCAUUUUCCUACACAGUUUGUGCAAAAAGAUUUGCUCAAAAGGUGUGAAAAAUGCAGAUUCCUGUUCACUUUGUGUUGAAACAUUCAUGUGACGUGACACAUGACGGAGAACAAAGGUGUUCCUGGCCAGUAUGUGCUACAACUCCCUAACAAAGUACACAUACUCUUGAUAAUAAACAUGAAACAAAAAUUGUUUGCUACAUUGUUGUAACAAUGAUUAU